UUAUCAAGAUACCCAAUGAAUUCCGGGUACGUAGCACGGACUUCCGCAACACGUCGCAACAAGAAAAACACCAACCUAGGCUAGCGUGUUGACGGGACACACGUUCUAAACACUUAUGGCUGCAAACGCUAGAGGGACCAUGAGACCACAGUCGAGAUCACCCCCAUUUCUGAUUACGGGUCUCGUUGUCGCACUGGUUAUUCUGGGGGCAAAUUACUGGAACCUGUCAUCCAGCAAUGCCUCGCUUUCAGCUGAAGUGGCAGACCUGCAGGACCAGAUACGGAUUCUCUCCUCCAAAAAAAUUAACUCGGAGAGAAAGAAUGAAAAUGCUAUGCUCCGAAUCAGAGAUUUUGAGAAGAAUAUUAACUCGAAAGAGCAAGAGUUGACGAAACUAAAAACAGACCUUGGUGAAUUAGGCACGUCAAAGGAGGCAUGCAUCAGCAAACUGAAACAAAGUGAAGACAAUAUGAAUGGCAUUCAGCAAGAACUAACAACAUACAAAGAGAAGUUACAGAAGUAUCAAAGUGAAAAGUCUUCCACUGCCACUGGACUGAAACAAGAUUGUAGUUUAGAAUGCACAGAAAAGAAGAGGGAGUUAUUAGCCAUUUUGGGAAAAUUACAUUAUUACCAAGCCUUGCAGGCUCUGAGUCAAAAUGGAGUGGAUAUCCUGGAGUUUAAGGACAAAAUCAGUUCUGUACAAGGAAGAGAGGGUGAACAGUCUCAAAGUGGCCAGCAACAGCAACAAAUUCCACAGUCAGGGGCAGCCCAGCAAAAUGAGCAACAACAAGCAGGAGGGAUGAAAGACAAAGCACCAACAGUUCAGCCAAGUCAAAAACAAACUACAAAGAAACCGGGAAAGCCUGCAACUGGCUCCAUAAUGAAUAUAAAGAUGGGAGAUGGAUCCAGAAAAUCUGCAAAUCAAACUGCUGGACAGAAUACUAACAUCAAUAAAAACAUGGAUACAUCAAAAGGGAACACGACCCUGAACCCCAAACAGUCUUUGUCUGGUGUAGGCAGAGCACAGAGCCAGAACUCAACGACCGCAGGAAAAGAUGUGCCUAGGACCCGAGGCAGGCAGUUACCAGCUUCAGGUCUGGUUAUGUUUAAUCAAAGAGAUAAUUCAAUAGUGGGUGAUGGUAUUAAAAAUGUCCUUCCUUCUGCAAAAGUUAGAUUAAUGAAAGGUGGUGAUAGUGUAGUAGAAUGGCAGCAGAACGGAAGAAAAAUUGAUGAUGCUGAAAAGCUGCAAACACCAAAAGCACAAGGAAAAUUGGAAGAGAAAAAGUAUGACAUUGGGGAGGAGGAAGAUUACAUUGAUGACAAAGCCAGAGAAAACAAUCCUAAGUCUAAGAUACAGAGCCCAAACAAAGUCGGUGAAAAACAGAAUAAGGUAAAUCAGGACCCCACAGCCGACUAUGAAGAUGAAGAUGAUGAGGAAAUAGCAGGAAAUGGACAGAAGGAAAAAAAUGACCAAAAAGUAGACAGCCUAGAUCAGCUGCAGAGAAAUCUGGGUACGAUAUAAGGAAAAUAAACAACAGAUUGGAAAACAUUAACAUCCUUCUCAGAUAUAAGUUUAUACAUCUACUUAUAUGUACAUUAUUAUUGUUCAAGUUGUUUUUGAGCCGUUUGGUCCAUAUUCAUUCGAUUUUUUUAUUC